GGGGCGCUGCUCGCGAGUGGCCGAGCCCCCGCCCCCGGCCCGCGGGGACCCGCCCUGCCCGGCCCCUGCCCGGCCCCUGCCCCGGCCGCUGCCGCGCUGCGCUGCGCGGGGGUCGACCCUGGCCCCGCGUCCCGGCUCCCGCCGCGCUGGCCGCUGCAGCCCCACCCUCUCCCACUUUAGCAGCUGGGACCUGCAAGGCUGACAGACCGAAGCUCAGAGGGGUUAACAACUUGCCCAAGGACACACAGCAGCCUGGUACAGCUGGGACUCCUGCGUGGGCCUGAGUGACCUGCUGGGAGAUCUCUGAGCUCCCUGCGCCCGAGCCCGCGGCAGCAUGUUCUCCUGCGUGAGGCCGUACGAGGGCCAGAGCUACGCGGCCCUGAAGCGGGCCUGCCUGCGCCGGAAGGAGCUCUUCGAGGACCCCAGCUUCCCGGCCACCGACGACUCGCUCUACUACAGGGGCGCCCCGGGGCCCGCCGUCAGGUGGAAGCGGCCCAAGGACAUCUGCGAGGACCCUCGGCUCUUUGUGGACGGCAUCAGCUCCCACGACCUCCACCAGGGCCAGGUGGGCAACUGCUGGUUCGUGGCCGCCUGCUCGUCGCUGGCGUCCCGCGAGGCGCUGUGGCAGAAGGUCAUCCCAGACUGGAAGGAGCAGGAGUGGGACCCCGAGAAGCCCGAGGCCUACGCAGGCAUCUUCCACUUUCACUUCUGGCGCUUUGGGGAGUGGGUGGACGUGGUCAUCGAUGACCGGCUGCCCACCGUCAACAACCAGCUCAUCUACUGCCACUCCAACUCCCGCAACGAGUUCUGGUGCGCCCUGGUGGAGAAGGCCUAUGCCAAGAUGGCGGGGUGCUACCAGGCGCUGGAUGGGGGCAACACGGCGGACGCGCUGGUGGACUUCACAGGCGGCGUGUCCGAGCCCAUCGACCUAACCGAGGGGGACUUUGGCCGGGACGAGGCCAAGAGGAACCAGCUGUUCGAGCGGGUGCUGAAGGUGCACAGCCGCGGAGGCCUUAUCAGCGCCUCCAUCAAGGCGGUGACCGCGGCCGACAUGGAAGCGCGCCUGGACUGCGGGCUGGUGAAGGGCCACGCCUACGCCAUCACCGACGUGCGCAAGGUGCGCCUGGGCCACGGCCUGCUGGCCUUCUUCAAGUCCGAGAAGCUGGACAUGAUACGCCUGCGCAACCCCUGGGGCGAGCGCGAGUGGAACGGGCCCUGGAGCGACACGUCGGAGGAGUGGCAGAAGGUGAGCAAGAGUGAGCGGGAGAAGAUGGGUGUGACGGUGCAGGAUGAUGGCGAGUUCUGGAUGACCUUCGAGGACUUGUGCCUCUACUUCACCGACAUCAUCAAGUGCCGCCUGAUGAACACGUCCUACCUGAGCAUCCACAAGACCUGGGAGGAGGCCCGGCUGCACGGCGCCUGGACGCGGCACGAGGACCCGCAGCGCAACCGCAGUGGCGGCUGCAUCAACCACAAGGACACCUUCUUCCAGAACCCGCAGUACGUCUUUGAUGUCAAGAAGCCGGAAGAUGAAGUGCUGAUAUGCAUCCAGCAGCGGCCCCAGCAGUCCACCCGGCGCGGGGGCAAAGGCGAGAACCUGGCUAUCGGCUUUGACAUCUACAAGGUGGAGGAGAACCGCCAGUACCGCAUGCACAGCCUGCAGCCCCGCGUUGCCAGCUCCAUCUACAUCAACUCCCGCAGCGUCUUCCUGCGCACGGACCAGCCCGAGGGCCGCUACGUCAUCAUCCCCACCACCUUCGAGCCGGGCCACACUGGCGACUUCCUGCUGCGAGUCUUCACGGACGUGCCCUCCAACUGCCGGGAGCUCUGCCUGGAUGAGCCCCCCCGGACCUGCUGGAGCCCCUUGUGCGGCUACCCCCAGCAGGUGACCCAGGUGCACGUCCUGGGGGCCGCCGGGCUCAAGGACUCCCCGACAGGGGCCAACUCCUACGUGAUCAUCAAGUGUGAGGGGGACAAAGUCCGCUCAGCUGUGCAGAGAGGCACCUCGAACCCUGAGUACAACGUGAGGGGCGUCUUCUACCGCAAGAAGCCGGGCCAGCCCAUCACUGUCCAGAUCUGGAACCACCGUGUCCUGAAGGACGAGUUUCUGGGCCAGGUGCACCUGAAGGCCAGCCCGGACGAGCUGCAGGCCCUGCACACGCUCCACCUGCAGGACCGCAACAGCCGGCAGCCCAGCGACCUGCCGGGCACGGUGGCCGUGCAGGUGCUCAGCAGCGCCUCCCUCACGGCCGUCUGACCCCGUGCGCCUUCCCGGGCCCACAGCCCGGGGGCUGCCAGACCAGCCCGCUGGUGUCCACUUCCCAGACUGCUGAGCGGCCGUGAGACUCCCAGUGUGGGCGAGGGGCGCUCUGCCCUUCUCUGCCCUGCUCGUGGUGACUCUUCUGGCCUGAGAUGCAAAAAAGCUCACCCCACCACACCUGUCUGUCGCCGCAGCUGCGGGCUGAAGCCUUUUCCCAGGGCCUUAUUGCCGGCUGGUGGUGUUCCAAGGAGAUGUGCUUGUUUACAUUCAGGGGACUUCGACGGCCUCCUUUGCGCCUUCUCUGCAGGGCCGCUCCCCGCCACCCCGGUCCUUCCUCCCAGGGUGCCCCUGUUUGACCUCUCGGCAGGACUCUUAUGUUUUGGGGGCCUCACGGGGUGGCAGGCGGGAGUAGCUCAGGGUGUCUCCUGACUCCGUGCUUCCCAUAGUGCUGGGGGCCCCGGGUGUCCUGCACGUGGAGCCCUUUGAGCCCUCGCUCCGGCCCCUUGGCUCUAGCUGGGUCCCCUCUCGGCCUGGCGUUUGGGGAGUGUGCGGGAGAUGUUUGUGCGGCUCCCGGUUCUGGGUGUUUAAUGAUUCCACAGAGCCAGGAGGAGCGGGGCCGACCCCAGCUCUGGGCUGCCCAGGCUCUGAGGCAUUUCUGGCCUCUGACUGAGGGAAUUGCAGCCAGGAAGACGACCUUCUCUGGUAUGUCCAGGUCCAGGGACCAAGGACCAUGAGCAUGGAGAGGACACAGAGACAUGCUCCCAGGUGCCUCCUUCUGACGUGAGACCAGAAUCUUCCUGGGAGAAUUCUCUGGGAUCUGCUUUCAGACCCACUGGGAUCAGGCCACCCCAUGGGCAUGGCAGGAGAUCUCGAACAGAGGGACUUCUGCCACCAACGGUCCCCCGGAAACGAAGCCCAGGAAUCCACAGCCUUCUUCUGGGUCAGGACCAAAGUGUGUCUCUGAGUCCUUAGCUCUCAAAUUCUUUGUGUUUCAGAACCCUCCAGUUUAACAAGGAUACUUAAAGGCAGACAGAACCCCUCAACCACCACCUUUAAAACAAGACUCCAGUGAGGGGGGCUUCUGGGUUUAUUUCCUUGCGUUUGGGAGGCACGGGGGGGGGGGGGCAGGCAUUGAGACAGACAUAGACAGGUGCAGUGGGGACCAGCAGUGCUGUUCUGUUGCAUCAGUACCAGGCCUGCCUUGGGGCUCUUCUGUGUCCCUGGGCCCAAACCAGGUGAUGCCAGGGAGAAGCCAGCAGUCCAAGGAAGGAGAUUCAUCUUGGAGACCUGGACUUCCGGCCUCUCUGGCGCAAUUUGGUUCUAGGUUCUUCCUGAAGCAUCAGGUGCUGGUGUUGGCUUUCCCCUAAUGUGGCCGUUUCUGCUGCCAUGUGCUGACCCCAGGCACGUAGCACCCCAAAAGUUCAGGAGGACCUGAGGACUCCUUCAAGAGCUCGGCUCUCUCCAAGAACCCAAGCCUGGGGCUAGGAGUCUGCAUGACCAGGAGCAAGUUCCGUCAACCUCCUGUGCCUCGGGCCCCCUGCUAUGGUCCCUGUCUGUGUCAGUGCUCCCACCCGCCAGGCCAUCAGUGCUCCCACCCGCCAAGCCGCCCCUCUCUCUGCGUCUCUGGGGAGUCACUCCAGACAUUCAUGGGAUUGGCCCUUCUUUGCCCCGAUCGCCGUGAAGGCUCCUGAGUCUGCUGGGGAAGGAAGGUCCCCGGCGCUGCUUGGCACCUCAGGGCCUGGCCCUGGGUCCGGGCUUGGCCAGUCUGCACUUUUCUCGACCUGCACUUCUGGGUGCACCAGGCCCCACUGCGGGCCUGUGCAGGCUCUGUCUGGGGGUGGGCACAAGCAGACCCAGUCCAGCCACCUGGCCCUGCGACUGCCCUCUGGGAGGCCAGGCUGGCUCCUGGCUGUGGUCCCCAUAGGUCCCUACCCUGGCAUGGGGACUGGACGGUGGGGGAUGGGAGCAGUUGCUCUGUCUCAGUGUAGUGUCGGACCCCAGCGCCUCUGGCCCACGUCGCCCUGCUGGGGGGCAGAUAGAGGCCCGUUUUGUUCUCAAUAAAUGUUUCCUCAAUCCCAGAAA